CAUGUCUCUAAUUAGGUGCUUUACGUUGUAUGACAGCUCAAAGGAAUAGUUCUAUUUGAUUUCUGGUGAUAAGACUUUUCUGAACACAUAAUUAAGUUCAAUCAAAUUAGAAUUGCAGCCCAAGUUUAUUGAAAUCAAAACUUAAGUCCCUCAAUUAUUUAAAUUUAAAUCAACUUUAGGAUGUUAUCUAUGUUAAUAAGAUACUACUUAAAGUAAUUUUAAUAUUUUAUGUUGAAGGAUUCUAUUUUAUUUUACUUUCUCAUCCUGAUUUAGAAGACAAGUUAUAAACUUAGACUUUGGAUAGGAUUUCUUAGCUUAUUUAAGAAGUCCCCAAUUAUAAUUAAGUACAUCAGGUUAAAACUAAAUUAGUUGCCGUCUGAUGAGCUUCAAAAAUAAAAGCAGAAGGCAAUUGAAAAUUUAAUAUAAGACUGUGAGAAUCAAUUAUAAAGGGAUACUAAGAUGAAAUAAGAUUCUGUUAUUGAUAAUAGUUAAGGGGGACUUCUCAUUUCAAAUUCUGGUAAUAUGUUUACAUCAAACCAAAACAUACUUCAAAGUUAAGCAGUAAAAUAAUGUUAUUAUCCUAGACAUUCAGACAUGGAUUUAAUACAGAAAAAGAUUUCAGUAUAGAAACAUUGACAAAGGUUUUUAGAUGCUUUAUGAUGUAUGAUUAUAAUAGACAAUUCUUUUUCAUGUUUAUAAGAAGAGGAUUUCCUAUUGACAAAACAUGGUCAAAUGAAAGAAACAAAUUAGAAAAAGAAAUAAUGAAGAAAUACUUAGAUCCCGAUGAUCCUAAAGCAAAACCAUAGGAACCACCUUUGAGUUUCAAAUAUAAAGGUGACUUUGGGGUUUAUUAAGCUAAAUAUGAUAAAGCAGCAAGUAACAUUAUUAAUUGAUUUUUAGAAUGUUAUUUUAUACUACUAUCAAGAUUUGGUGUAAAAGAAGAUUUCUAGAAAUGUUUAGUAGGUAAAAUAUAUGAUGAAAUUCAAAAAAUAAAAAAUUACAUUACUGUAUUAAUUUAUAAUAAUAUUUAGCUUAAAUAUGAUUCAUUGGAACAUAAAGUUAAGAGAAAUAUUGAAUAGCUAAUUAAUAAUUAUGAGGAGGAAAUAAUAAAAUAUAUGGAUUAAAAUUUAGUUGAUUAAAAAUUAUUUGAAAAGAAAUAUCAAAAAUUAUAAUAGAAUGCAAUUUAAAUUUAAAUUUACUAAGAAGAAAAAAGAUCUCCUUUGAUAGAACAAUAAAAUUAAAUGAAGGAUGCCUUAAAUAUAUAAUAAGAGUAUAUACUAGAUGAAGAGGAUAUAGUUCCUUGGAUGACUGAAUUAAAUGAAAAAAAUGAUAAACAAGAGUUAUAUUAAUCAAAAAACAACUUAUAAAAUAAUAAUAUGAAAAAAAUGAAGUCAUUAUGA